AGGCCAAAACGGUAGGUUUGUGUAUAGUAUUAUAGUUUAUGCAAAAAGUUUUAGGCAUGAAAUAAAUUAUUCGGCACACCACAAACGUAAACGGCAAACCGUCCAAGCGUCAACACGCUCGUCAGUCGUCACCUAUUCGACAUCUCCGAGUCUCCGACUAUAAUUUAUAAGUACACCAUCUUCAACAAGAUAGGAGUAUUGAGUAUAUACCAUAGAGUGAUAGAGCUCCUCCAUAAAAUGGAAUAUUACACCCUUUCACUAAUAUUUGUCCCCAUCAUCUUCACAACACUCUUUUUCUUACAAACUUUGAGCAAAUCCAAACUCCCUCCAGGACCAAAACCAUGGCCUAUUAUAGGAAGCCUCCACAAGCUCGGCGACAGGCCUCAUCGCGCUGUCGCCGAGCUAUCGAAGAUCUACGGCCCCAUAAUGUCUCUUAAACUCGGGACUAUUACUACAAUAGUAAUAUCAUCUCCGGAAAUAGUAAAAGAAUUGUUCCUAAAGCAUGACUUAGCCGUGUCUAGUAGAACGGUCCCAAAUGCCGCGAGGGCCGUAGACCAUGACAAAUUUUCCAUGGUAUGGCUUCCAGUAUGUCCUAAAUGGCGAGACCUUCGAAAAAUUGCUACUAUCCAAUUGUUUACUACACAACGCCUAGAUACAAGUCAAUUUUUGCGGCAAAAAAAGGUGAAAGAGCUUGUUGAGUAUGCACGACAAUGUUGUGAAAAGGGUGUAGCCCUUGAUAUUGGUAAGGCAGGGUUUACUACCACGUUAAAUUUGUUGUCUAACACAUUUUUUUCCAUGGAUUUGGCUAGCUAUGAUUCUUUAGAUUCACAAGAGUUUAAGGAUCUUGUUUGGCAUUUGUUGGAAGAAGGUGCAAGGCCUAAUGUGUCGGAUUUUUUCCCAUUAGUUAAGCACUUUGACUUGCAAGGUGUGUUAAAAACGACUACAAGUUAUUUGAAGAAGUUGAUCGGGAUUUUUGAGGAAAUUAUUGAUAAAAGGUUGAAAGAUCCAACGGAUGUUAAGGAUGAUGUGUUGAGCACCUUACUUAAGCUUGUUGAGGAUGAUGAAUUGAGCCUCGACGAUGUCAAGCAUUUACUUGCGGAUUUAUUUAUAGCGGGAACGGAUACAACAUCUAACACAUUAGAAUGGGCGAUGGCAGAGUUAUUGCGCAAUCCAGAAAAGAUGGAAAAGGCUCAAGCUGAGAUAAACAAAGUACUUGGCAAAGAUAGUUCUAUGCAAGAAAAUGAUAUCUCAAAAUUACCAUAUGUUCAGGCAAUAGUGAAAGAAACAUUUAGAUUGCAUCCAGUAACUCCGUUUUUGGUUCCGCACAAGGCGGAAAAAGAUAUAUUAUUAGGUAAUUAUUUGGUACCUAAAAACUCAACUAUCUGGGUUAAUGUAUGGUCGAUUGGUCGUAAUCCAAGUGUGUGGUCAAAACCGGAAUUGUUUUCCCCUGAACGACAUUUGGAGUUAGAAAUUGAUGUUAAAGGACAAGCUUUUGAGCUCAUGCCCUUUGGAUCAGGAAGAAGAACAUGUCCUGGAAUGCCACUAGCUUAUAGGAUGACACAUCUAAUGUUGGCUACUCUUCUUCAUUCUUUCCAUUGGAAGUACGGACAUGGGAAAAGCCCAGAAGAUAUAGACAUGGAAGAAAAGUUCGGGAUUACAUUGCAAAAGGUUGAGCCACUUCAAGCGAUUCCCAUUUCUAGAUGAUUAAUCUCUUAAUUUCACAUGAUGUUUUUAUUAUAUGAGUCACUAAUCAUCAUGAUGAGAAGGUUUCUCAUUAAUAGAAUGACAUGUAAGAAGGAGAGUUUUGUGCUAGUUAAAUACGUUUUAAUGUGAAAUUAUAUAAUCGUAUGUUGAAAUAAACUAAUAUUUGAUUUGAAA